AUGAGCGACAUCUUGAGUAUCACCGGAGAACCAAUCUUCAACGAUCGCAUCGUCAAGAUCGAGACUCACACGUACAACCCUUACGCUAAUACCACAUUUGAAAAUAGCGACGAGAUACGAAUUCCUAUACAACAACAGGAUCUGUACAUCUUACACUGCGAAAGUUUCCUCUACAUCGAGGGCAGACUCGAGUCGAAGAAACCAUCGGACGCGGAGGGCGAAAGCUCGACGUCGAGAGAAUCAUCGAGCGCGGAGAGCGAAAGCUCGACAAGACUAGUGAACAAUUGCGCCGCGUUCAUGUUCGAGGAGAUUUGCUACGAGCUCGAUGGGGUGGAGAUCGAUCGAAGCAGAAACGUCGGGAUAACGAGCACGAUCAAGAACUAUGCGUCGCUGACGGUCGAGAGAAGCAGCAUAUUGCAAAACGCCGGAUGGGACUUCGCGGCGAAGAGUCACGCGAUCGACGAUUUUAACUUCUGCGUACCUCUCAGCAUGUUGCUAGUGUUAAACGAUAUUAAUAAAUUAACGCUAUUGCGUACAUUGGAAAGCGGAAGAUAUCUGAGCGUCGCUUUUCGUUCGUGGGAUCUCUACGAGUUUCCGCUUCUGCAGAGCACGACCAAACAUUCGUGGGCGGUUAAAGCGGCGACGCAACUAGAGAAACCGCGUUACGUUAUCUUCGCGCUGCAAUCCGGAAGGAAGAACGUUCUACUUCAAGAUGCUUCCAUGUUUGACGAUUGUAAACUAACUAAUGUCAAACUGUAUCUUAAUUCAGAUUUUUAUCCUUACGACGAUAUGAAUCUAAAUUUCGAAAAAAAUAAAAUCGCGGUGCUGUACGACAUGUACUCGAAAUUUCGAAAAACAUACUACGGAUGCGAUAAAGACAAAGCGCUCUUUAAUUUAGCUAAAUUUAAAACAUUCGGUCCGAUAGUAGUCAUCGACUGUUCUCGACAGAACGAAUCCAUUAAGAGCGCCACCGUGGACGUUCGUAUAGAGUUCGACUGCAAGGAGAACGUUCCCUCUAACACCACAGCUUAUUGCCUCAUUAUUCACGAUCGUGUAGUAGAGUAUAAUCCGCUUACUAACGUCGUGCGCAGAAUCGUGUAG